AUGGACGAGUCUGGCAAGAAGAAGCGAUCUAGAAAGGUGAGUUGAUGCACACUGACUUGCGACCAGUCUGGCGAGCAUGUCCGUCUCGAGGUGGAGAGCUGCGAUGAAGCAUGUGGGGUGGGGCGUACAUGAGUAGGCAUGUGGUCAUGCUGCAAACCCUCGUCUGCACCACUUCUGCUCACGCGGCGUUCUGGCCAUACAUUGCGAUAGCGCGCAAAACGAUCCGCCGCUGCGGAUGUUGGAUCUACGCACAAAGAAGUCAGUGCAGCAUCGCCUUCGAGGCUCGAGACGGAAGCAUCCGCAUCGAAAGAAUUCCUGCAUCGCAACAAUCCCUACAAGCCUUCGGGCUUUGCCAGCUCCGCGGGGAAUAGCCAGCCUCAGCGCGGGACAGAUGCGGCGACGCAGUCGACAUUGACAUCCGCUAGAGGUCACGUUCGUGAACGCCCAAGGGAGGAUAAUGGAAGGGACUGGACUCUGAGUGUAGCUCUGCCUGGCUCGAUCAUCCUCAACGCCCAGACUCCCGAACUGCAAGCCAGGUUGGCCGGCGGCUUGGCUCGUACAUGCGCGAUCUUCAAUGUGGACGAGGUCAUCGUCUUCCACGAAGAUUUAAAGGCUGUUUCGCAAGGGCAUGAUUGGACGGGCGGUCGACGCAAAGCAGCUGCAGGUCAUCAGAGAGCAGAGGCAGGUGCAGGUGCAGACGGGACCGAGGAGAGGAGUGCAUUUGAUCCAGACGCUUUCUUGGCGAGGAUCUUGCAGUACCUCGAAACCCCUCAGUAAGUGCUGUGGGCGGGCAUGGUCUGCGCAUGUAUGCCGACAAGGACGAGACGAACAUCAUUUGACCUUGCACCGCUUGUUCUUUUUGGCUCAGGUAUUUGAGAAAAGCGCUGUUCCCGAUGCACAAAGAUCUGCGCCUUGCAGGUCUGUUGCCGCCCCUAGACUGCCCGCAUCAUCUUCGGUACGAAGACGUGUCGACGUUCCGCGAAGGCGUCGUGGUCGAAUCAGACUCCAGCGGACAUCGCGGCAAAAAGAGGAGGUACAACGAUGGUGCUGCGCCUAAUGGAACCGAGCAGCUUGUGGAGGUGGAUGUGGGACUUGGACAGCCGAUCCAUGCGCGAGUAUCUGGUGAUGGCCCUUCCGCCAAUGAGAAGGUACCCACAGGGGUACGCGUGACCGUCAGAAUGCCACCGCAUGCUGGUGCAGUAGGUGAGUAGCAACUUCAGAAUCCGAUGUCGUGAGAAUCGCGUUCCACCGACACUUGAGUGGACGCUUCUUACGCACACAAAUUUUUUGCGCGUCCCCAGGCAGGCUCGUGUCUCCUCGACAGCCAGUCAAAGAAACGGGAGGAUACUGGGGCUACUCGGUGCGGCUGUGCAACAGCUUGUCAGAAGUCUUGACGACGUGUCCCUUUGGGCGCGAAGGCACAGCCCCGUUCGACGCAUCCCAGGCAGAGUACGAUCUCGUCCUGGGCACUUCUGAGCGAGGCACCAGUCUGACGGAGCUGCUUGAAGGUGCUGCUACUGCCACGAGUGUGACUUCGCAGAUGGAUACUGGUCGACUGAAGCCAUUCAAGCAUGCCCUCUUGGUCCUCGGCGGUCUUUCGGGCUUGGAAGUCAUCAUCGACCAAGAUCCGACGAUUGAUCUGGGAGCUCAUCAAGCUAGUCUGCUCUUUGACGUCUGGAUCAACGUGCUGGAGAAGCAAGGUAGCAGGACAAUUCGAACAGAGGUGAGUGCAGCGACUCUAACGCAACCAAGAGCAGGAAUCUGACGCUUCCAUCCACUGCUUGCGCGUCGAUAGGAGGCGAUGCCCAUUGCGUUGGCACGACUCAAGACUUUUUUCGAGGCGUAUGGCACCUGA